ACUUGUAACCUUCCCGCCUUCAAAACCUUUCGAAUCUCUCGAGGGAACAAAUGAAACCGAAGAUGGACAAACACAUAACCUACAAGAUCAGGGACCUCCCUCACGCUGUUCCUUUACAGAAUUCACGGGCGCAGAGCCCGGGUUGAAAAGUCUGGAACAAUCGAGUUCUGCUUUGACCUCUAGAGUCGUGGCGGCCUGGCAUCUGAGCUGGUAACGUGCACGGCGGGUUAUGUAAGGAAAGGGCUGAAGGAGCCGCCCCAGGGGGAGCCCUGGAGAGGACGCGGUGUUCUCGGCGGCAGUCCCCACCCUCUUCACCCAGCAGGGCAGGAGGCACCCAACUCGUAGGAGAAAAAGGAGGGUAUGGUGAAACAGAGACCAGGAAAUCACGAGGGCUGGGCCUCCGAGAAGGGUGAGGAUACACAGUAGCACGCCUCCAUUCUAACACACGUUGCAGACGCAAGUCGCUGAGGGUUCCACGUGCUCCACCCGUGAGCAGAGGCGCUCAAAUAGGGGACAGAGGGGUACGCUCGCAAGGAGUCAGGAGUCCGAUAUUGCGAGGCUCACGCCUCAGGUCCCACAACCAGUCUGCACACUAAAGCCAAGAGCUUCCGGCGCACCACCAUCCUAUUUAAGGUCACGAGUUCCGCCUUUUUUCCUCCCCUCCCUUCUUUUCCACUCUUUUUCCAUCCUCCUCCUUUUCUCAUCACCGGGUCCUCUCCGCCAGCCGCAUGUAGGGGCGGAACACGGAAUGCUCUCCUUCCAGCCAAUCGUCACCUGACUGCCUCUCUAUUGGUCGAGCCCCUAUAUGCUGUAGCAAAUGGGAUAUGAACUUCAGCAACUACCGUCACGUGCCACCGGCUAGAUGACCAAUGAGGGUGCGAGGUCUGUGUACGCAGGGGAAGGCACGUGCGGAGCUGCACGUGUUUGGGAGGGGGAAGGGGCGGGACCCAGUGGAUGAGACGCGGAGGUGGGGAGCUGAGACCCGUAGAGUGCGUGGAGCUGGAGACAGUCUGCGCUGAGUCGACCGGCACAGUUGCAGGUCCGAUCUUUGGGUACUCAAGGAGCUGCUCUCCAGCCCCUGCUUCUGAACCUAUGGAUUCUCCAUCUAGCGUUUCUUCCUAUUCUUCCUCCUCUGUCCCUUCCUCUUUUUCCACCUCCCCAGGGAACAGUGACUUUGGCUUCCCCUCCGAUAAUGAGGGGGAGGAAAGAGGGGCCCACGGCCCCAGACCAGACACUGUUGGGCAGAGGGGAGGUUCUCGGCCCAGCCCGGGUCCUAUUCGCUACAGGCAACGACCCAAGGUUUCCAGUAAUCAACUUACAGCAUCGCACUCUGAACAGCGGGGCUUGGCUUCUCCUAUGGCGGGAUCUGGGGUCAAAAGAUCACGAGAUCGUGAAUUGGAGACCAGUCGAAACAUCCACAGUUGUACCACAGAAGGGGACCUGCUCUUUGCUCAGAAGUGUAAAGAGCUCCAGGGAUUCAUACGUCCUCUCACAGACCUACUGAAUGGGCUGAAGAUGGGUCGCUUUGAAAGAGGAUUGAGCAGUUUUCAGCAGAGUGUGGCAAUGGACAGGAUCCAGCGUAUCGUUGGUGUUUUGCAGAAGCCACAGAUGGGAGAACGUUAUCUGGGAACCCUGCUGCAGGUAGAAGGAAUGUUAAAGACUUGGUUUCCUCACAUAGCUGCCCAGAAGUCAUCACGGGGUAGUAGCAGGCACCAGCAGACCAAGCAUUUUCCGAGCCACCACAGUUAUCCAGCUGCUUCCUUUCCUGCACAUCCCGUGGAAAAGAUGGACCAGAUGCAUCUAGGACACUUAGUAUUGACACCAAAGCAGCCUUGGCAUCUCACUGAACUGCCACCUAUGAACCUCACUUGGAUCCACACCACUCCAAUUUGCAACCCCCCUCUCAGUUCCCCAGGUACCAUCUCCUUUAGCUGUGGUCCUUCAGGCACCGGAACCAGCAUCGGUGUCAUCCUUUUCCUCCAGCAGAGAGAGCAGCCCUUCACCUACUCAGCCCCAACCACUCCAGUUCCCCCUACUACAGCAUCUCCCAGCAUCCCUGGUUAUCCUAAGAAACUAUCUGGAGAGGGACCUCGUUGCCACAGCUUACCAGUAACUCUGCCAUCAGACUGGAGCCGUACCCUGUCCCCUCGUGAUCUAUCUGGCGUGGCCAGAGAGAUAACUGGGGGACACCUAGAGCAGAUGAGAAGCCAUCCUCCAGUUGCUCCUGAUGUCCAUCCUCUCAACCCCUAGUCUGGGACUUGAGCCUGUAGUUUCUAAUUUGUAUAAAUAUAUGUCCAUACAUAUGUGUCUGUAUUUUACUUUUAAUGUGUGCAUUCGUGUUAAGGGAAGAGAAAUCCUUUCUGAUUAAAGAAAUUUUAUACUUAAA